AUGAGCAAUGUUACUUCGCCGUGGUGGAGACAAUGGAAUCCUGAUACCGUUACCAUUCAUGAUGAUUCAGUGAGUGAUGUGUGGAAAACUUGCGUUCUUCAGGGUGUUUAUUUUGGUGAAAAUGAGUAUAGUGGAAAUUUAGGCGCUAGAAUAUCUUCCAUUUUUGUUAUUCUUAUCGUGAGUACUUUCUUCACAUUGUUCCCAUUGAUUUCUCUGAAAGUGAAAAGAUUCAAAAUUCCGUUAUAUGUUUAUCUCUUUGCAAAAUAUUUUGGUUCUGGUGUGAUUGUUGCUACUGCGUUUAUCCAUUUAAUGGAUCCUGCUUAUUCUGCUAUUGGUGGUAAUAGCUGUGUUGGACAAACUGGUAACUGGUCCCUUUAUGCGUGGUGUCCUGCCAUUAUGCUAACAAGUUUGUUCUUCACAUUCCUUACCGACUUAUUCAGUAGUGUCUGGGUCGAAAGAAAGUACGGUGUAUCGCACGAUCAUACUCAUGAUACCAUUAAGGACUCUGUGGUGAAUGAUGCAGUUAUUACUUCAGACGAAAAUGGUACGGCCAACAGAUCUUAUGACGACAAGAACAAGCUGGAAUACUUUGAAGAUUCGGACGCUUCAACAUUGGACACCGUUCAAUCAUUUCAGUCCCAAUUUUACGCAUUUUUGAUUCUAGAAUUCGGUGUCAUUUUCCACUCGGUGAUGAUCGGUCUGAAUUUGGGAAGUACUGGAGAAGAAUUUGCUACUCUAUAUCCAGUUUUAGUUUUCCAUCAAUCCUUUGAAGGUUUAGGUAUGGGUGCGAGAUUGUCAGGCAUUGAGUUUCCCAAGUCAAAGAGAUGGUGGCCAUGGGCUUUAUGUAUCGCUUACGGGUUGACCACUCCAAUUUGUGUUGCUAUCGGCCUGGGCAUUCGUACCAAAUAUGUUAGUGGCUCUUACACGGCCAGCGUAGUUUCUGGUGUUCUGGAUGCUAUUUCAGCCGGUAUCUUGAUUUACACUGGUUUGGUAGAAUUACUAGCAAGAGACUUUUUAUUCAACCCGCACAGAACAAAGAAUAUGAAAGAGUUGUCCUUCAAUGUGCUAUGUACUCUUUUAGGUGCUGGUAUCAUGGCUUUGAUCGGUAAAUGGGCUUAA